CGUUACAUCUGCAGGCGCAGCUCGGACAGCCCCGACUUCGGUUCCAGGUUUCCCAUGAUGCGCUCGAUCGCAACAUUAUGCUGCGAAACGCCUGGUGGCCAACCAUACUUUCAUUCACAUCAGCCAUUAAAGCCGUCUCAAUUGAGCAACACACUUGAAGCUUCUGGAAAUUGACCCUCAGCAUUCAGUUCCUCCAACGUCGCAGUCGCCAUAACGAUCUUUGCUCGCCGCUUGGCUUUAACCUGAUUCCUACCGCAACCUUAGUGACGUUGUGAAGCGAGUAGCCGCCGCUCAGGCCACAGAACUUGCCACAACCCCUGUCCCUGUACCACAACACUCCAACCCGGCGCAAUUUGAUUGGACAGAUAGAAAGCGUGGUAUUUAGGGCUAUGGCUACUGGCAUGGACCCUAUCGUGGAGGAGUUUCACGAAGCCGACCUCUUUGAGGACGACAACGGCGAUGCGGCUUCUUCUGUAAGCAGCGAGGAGGAUAUCGCUCUAGAGGAAGCGCAGGACGGUGUUGGGCCACUUCCAAACGAAGCGCACGAUGACCCAGACACUUCAUCGGCCAAGUCUAGCCUCAUCCAGGUGACCCUAGCAUCCGAGCAGCUUGACGAUGCGCCGCACACGUCUGCGCGGAUAUCCGCAUCCAUGCCCGCGAUGUCGGGGCACAUACGCAUGGGCUCCUCCGUGCCGGUCAGCAUCCCGCACAUGGCCCGGUGGAAAAAGGCGGACGCCUCGCCGGACAGCCCGACCACAAUCGCCGCGCCAGCCACGUUCGUGCCGCCGCACCAGCUAUCGGGCGCGCCGCCCGACUUCGCCUUUUCAUUCACGGGCGACAGCCCCAGCGUGGCCAUCAAGCGCGAGCGGCUGCGCGCGCGUAACGCAAUCCUCAAGUCAACUGGGUUCUUGGAGCCGGGGGUGCAGAGCAUCGGCACCAUUGGCGUGCAGGAGCAGAAGCGGCUAGCGCUGGCACCGCCGGUGGCGGGAGGGCUGAGCCAGGCGCUCCAGCAGCGGGGCAACGCGAUGGCGCAGGCUGCCAUCAGCGCGGCCAUCCAGUCGUCGUGAUUGUGAUGGUGUCGUGAUGGGCAAAGGAGGAGGAGGAGGAGGAGGAGGGGCGGAUAGGGCACACGAGAAGGCGAUGACGGAGGCGCGGCCGAGGGUGGCGCGGUGCAGCCGGCCCGCAGCUGUCCGCGAGGAACCGCACGUGUCGCUUGCUCAUCAGCACGACAUGCACGGGGUGCUGGUGCAAGAGAUGCAUAAGAUGCAUAUGGGUUACAAGCGUGGCGCGUGCUGGUGCAUGUUGUGAGGCGAGGCGGUGCGCAGCGGCGGCCUGCCUCGGUUGGGCACCUGCGCGGGAGGCUCGCAGGACGAGCCUCUGAGCAUGGUUUACUCACUUUGCCAGGCAGCCGCCGGAUAGGGCCGUGCAAGUCAAGCGUACUGAGCUUUGCGUUGGCCCAGACCGGCUCAGGCACGGGCUGACUCGGCGCUGUCGCCUUAGCAGUCACAGGCCAACAGGCGGUUGGAUUAUGGGCGUGUACAGGUGCAUAUAGGGCCUGUGCGGGAGCUCGAGAGACGAUGUGAGAAUGGAGAGUGGUAGGAGCCGGAGCGGUUCGAGCGGUGGCUCAACAGUAGAGCAUGGACGCAGCCGCCAUGACUCAUCGGGUGCCCCAUGCAUUGGGCGGGGGCUGCACUGUGUGUGUGGGGGGGGGGGCACGUGAAGGUGCCACGAGAGCAAAAUGGAAGCGGGGUGCUGUGGUGACUGACGUGUGCCUGUUGCUGUGGGACGUUGCGUGGUUUCAGCGUGGCGUGAUGUGUUUCAGCGUAAUGUGAUGUGACGCAUCGAGAAAGCGAGUAUUCGCGGGCGCGUGGCACGCCCUCCAGAGCUUCAGGACCUUAUUUCUUUUUUUCAGCUUGCAGGGCCGCAGAGCCCAUUGGUGGGACUAAUAAUAAUUUGCAUUGCACGCAAGCAGGGCUGCAGCAUCAGCAGAGCGCACUGCAGGAGCUGCGGGCACUGGGAGGCGCUCAAGUGUCUUAUGUUCUUUCAGUUCGGGUUACACCGUUUAGGUACUGCGCUUCCAUGUUUCACGAGUGCUGGGGGCGACGGAGACGUGUGCCCGAAAGUCGAUUGUUUCCACGGGUUGUGGGGAUGUGACAAGUGCAUUUCGGAGAUCUGCGCUCACAACUGCGGUUUGAAAUGUUCUGUAUUAUCUCUUCUAUUUACGGCGAAUACUUGGAACGGGUAGCAUCUGGCAUAUGUCUGGUCAGUUUGAGAUCCGCUUGGCGCGUGUGUGUGCUGGAGCUGCCCCAGCGUGUGGCCAGAGUGAGAGUUGCACUGUGGUGGAGAGGAGACAGAGAGCAAGGGCAGGCAAGGGCGCAAUUAGACGAGGGCUGGUAUGGUGGCGACUACGUCACUCGCUUGGAACCGUCAGAAACUAAGGCGUUGAAGCACACAUGUAAUCAACAAGCCUGGU